AUGAUAAAAAGACUGCUGAACCGACUAAUGCAUACAAAAAUACUAAAAGUUAAUCCAAAAUCAAUUGAAUUUUCAAAAGAUUCAUGGUUGACCGGAUCCUUACCUAAAAUAAAAGAUAAAUCUACAGAAGAUGCUAUCAAUGAAGCUGCUAACAUAAUUAAAAAUACAGAUGAUAAUGUAGCAUUCCCUACAGAAACCGUUUAUGGGUUAGGGGGUUCCUCACUAAAUGAUAAUUCUGUCAGUAAUAUAUAUAAAGCUAAAAAUAGACCAAAUGAUAAUCCGUUAAUAUCACAUAUAUCCUCUAUUGAUCAAUUGAAUAGAAAAAUAUUUAAUGAUUACAAAAGUGGUCCGAAUAUAGAUCCAUUAAGAAAUAUUCCGAAAAUAUACCAUGGUUUAAUACAGAAAUUAUGGCCAGGUCCAUUGACUAUCCUUCUACAUGUCCCUGAAUCUUCUGCGUUGUCUAAGUUGACCACUGUGAAUCAACCAACUUUUGCAGUCAGAAUGCCUUCCGAUCCUGUAGCUAGAGCUUUAAUUGCAAUCAGUGAUACACCAAUUGCUGCACCCUCUGCUAAUGCUUCAACAAGGCCAUCUCCAACAAAAGCACAACAUGUAUGGCAUGAUUUACAUGGCAAGAUACCUUUAAUCCUAGAUGGAGGAUCAUGUUCUGUGGGCGUGGAAUCUACUGUUAUUGAUGGCUUAUGUACCCCUCCUAAAUUACUAAGACCAGGUGGUCUGACCUACGAAAAUAUUGUGUCUUUAGGUGGAGAUGAAUGGUCUGGCUGUCAAGUCGAGACACAUGCAAAAAAAAAUGAACAUGUUAGAACUCCAGGAAUGAAAUAUAAACAUUAUUCACCGUCUGCAAGUGUUAUACUACUAAUACCUACAUCAAAACUCAAUAAUAACACCGAUAAAGUUACCCUAUUAGAAAAAAUAAUUAAAGAUCACGGCAAAGGUUACAAUAAAAUUGCCAUUCUGACUACUCAGCAAUUAGAUAACAUAACUGAUCAAUCUGCUUGGUUUUCAAAUGAUCUUAUUCAAACACAUCAAUUUAUUAUAAAGAGACUGGGUAUCAAAGGUGAGGAGAUUCAAGCAAACCUAUUUUCUACACUAAGACAAGUAGAUGAAGAAGAUAAUGUAGAUUUAAUUAUUGUAGAAGGAAUUAAUGAAGAUAACCAAGGGCUUGCAAUAAUGAAUAGACUAGAAAAAGCCGCGGGGGGACAUUGUUUACCGUUUUAA